CAGCAAGAGCAAGAGCAAUAGAGCUCCCUCGAUCAGCUGGUCCAAGCGAGGAAGACACGUGCGGCGGAUCUCCCUGUGGCUGCUGCUCUCCCGUCUCACCCUUCUGGUUGGACCCUGGACUCCCUGAGGUGGUGCAAGCAGUGGUGGUGUGUGCUGUGGCUACACUCAUUAGUGGGUGAGCAUGAAGCCUAAAAACAAGGGUGGUGUGACGGGUGCCGGACUGAAGAGGAAGAAGGGGAGGAUAACACCACAGACCACUAUUGAUGACAUGUUCUCCAUGAUCAAUGACGAUGUGGAGGAUGAUUCGGAUGAGGAAGGUUCAGCCCUGCCGAGGAAGAAAAAGCAAAACAUCGCCAAGAAGAAAAUGAUAGAGGAUAAUGAUGACCUGGACUUUGAGGAGGAUGAAGACCUGGCAGGAGUUGGCACCAUGAGUCGGAAUCAGUACCUGGAGAAGCUCAAGAAGAGUGACCCGGAUUUUUAUGCCACCAUGAUGCAAUCUUCAGACCUGAUGGACCUCAACAGCUCAGGGGAGGAUGAGAGUGAGGAGGAGGAGCGAGGAGGAGCAAUAUUUGAGGCGCCAGAUAAGCUUGAGGUCGGGAGUGACGAGAGUGACGUGGAGGACGAGGAGCUCCAGAAGAGAGGCUCCAACAUUGUCACGGCCAGAAUGAUCAACCAAUGGGAGGAGGAGUUACAGGGCACCAAGCCCAUCAACACCUUUCUGGAGAUGUCUCAGGCGUUUUUAGCAGCCAUUGAGAGUCUCGGGAGCAGAGAGACCGAGGAAGGUGAAGCAACCAGCAAGUACAAGAUUGAAGGGCCCCAAAUCUUCAAUGCCAUCGUGCGGCUGUGCCUGAGAAACGCUCCCUCAGCCAUGGCGUCCAUCCUCAAGCUGAAGAGCCCCAGAGAUGACCCAACCAAGAGCAAGAAGUGGCACAAGAUGAGGAACUUCUUCAAGCUGUACCUGCGGAGCCUUGUGACGUUGACAGAGUGCAUGGCUGAACCCAGUGUGGCCGAGGUGGUGCUGAACAAGGGAGUUCUGCCACUCCUCAACUACUACGCUCACCACCCUGGCGUGUGCAAGAUGCUUCUCAGGAGGCUCAUCACACUCUGGGCCACCAGCGAGAAGAGGGUGCGGGUGGUGGCCUUCGUCGCUAUCUUCAGACUGGCCCACAACCUCCCCCCAAAGCCCCUGGAGUGGGUACUGAAGAGGCUGUACCUGACCUAUGUCCAGAACUCCAGGUUUACCUCUCCCUCCACCUGGGGCUUGAUUGACUUCAUGCGGUUGUCACUAGUGGAGCUGUAUGCUCUGGACCAGGUGCUGGCGUACAAACAUGCAUUCGUGUACAUUCGACAGAUGGCAUUUCACCUCAGAAAUGCCAUACUGGUGAAGAAAAAGGAGCGGAUCCAACUGGUGUACAACUGGCAGUAUGUCCACUGCCUGCACCUAUGGGCCGAGCUCCUGUCCAAAACCCACCCCAGCCCAGCCCUGCAGCCCAUCGUGUAUCCACUCACCCAGGUUGCCAUAGGGACCAUCAAGCUUCAGCCAACCCCAUCCUUCUUCCCGCUAGUCUUCCACGUGUGCGGGAUUCUGACGGACCUUUCCCGGCACACUGGCACCUUCAUUCCAGUCCUGCCCUUCCUGCUAGAGGUCCUCAACAAAGCCCCCCUUGCCAAGAAGCACAAGAAGGCCUCCAUCCGACCCUUUGACUGGCUGUGUAUGCUUCGGCUGUCCAGAGCGGAGAUGUCGGAGUCUGGCUUCAAGGACGGAGUGGUGGAUCAGGUGUAUGACGGCAUCGUUAACUACCUCAGCGUGGAAGCAGCGUCCAUUGGCUUCCCAGAGCUUGUGGUGCCGGCUGUCCUGCAGCUGAAGGCCUUCCUGAAGAAAUGCAAGGUGCCCAACUACACCAAGAAAAUUAAACACUUGUUGGACAAAGUCAAGGAGAACCAAGAUUUUAUUGAGUCAAGAAGAAAGGAUGUUACAUUUGCUAUUGGAGACAGGAAAGCUGUUAAGAAUUGGGAGAUCUCCGUGAAGCAGAGCGGAACACCUCUCACGUCAUUCCAUGCCAGCUGGCGCAAGACUAGAGAGAAGGAGCACCUGAGGCGAGUCUCCAACAGGGUGGAGAUGGACGACUACAACCUGCCGGUGGUCAAGAAACGUGAGCUACUGGACAAACAGAAGGCAAAGGAUAAGGAUGAAUUCAAGGAGCUGUUUGCAGAUGAUGAUGAUGAUGAUGAUGAUGAUGAGAUUAGGUUCCUGUCCAAGAGUGAGAGAAAGAAACUUCAGGCCCAGAGGAAAGAGGAGGAAGAUGAAGCUGAUGAAGAAAGCGAGGAUGAGGGUGAAGGUGAGGAUGCAGAAGAUGGUGAACAAGACAAUGUGAAUGAUGAGGAAAUUAGAGCUGCCUUUGACUCGGAUGACGACUCCGGUGAAGAUGUAGUGAAGGAGUUCAAUCUGUCAGACUUAGAGGCAUGAAAAUCAUCCCCUGCAAUCCAGGUCGUUCCCUCAUCUCCAUCAGACAUGUAAUGCUCUGUCUCUUUGUUCUGUAAUGCAAGGUCUGGAAGAACAGUCGAUGGAUGGCAGGAGCAGGAAGUGUAUGUAUAUCAAUGUUAACUUUCCUUGUAUAUCUUACCUAUACUUCUUCCAUAUUGUCACCACCAGUAACAGUACAGAGGAAGUAUUGCUAAUAUGUACAGCAAGGAUGAAUACAUGAACGUACACACAUUCCUACCAUCUGCUGUUCUUAUGGACUUUACAUUGUGGAUUGAGGGAACAGAAUUGAUAUGUAGUUGACCUAAUACAUACGAAACCAAGCCCUCAACACCUGCCUAGCGAUUUCUACAUGGAAGUUUAUGUACACUUCUCCAUCUGCAGCUUUGGCAGUUAAGUAGUGUUCAGGGCAGAAAACAAGGAAGAGGUAACCUUUAUAUAUUAUUUUACAAUAAAUUUCAAUUGUAAA